UCCAUCAGUCGACAUAGCCGCUGCGCCGCAUUGCACAGGCCAAACGGCAUCAUGGCGAACUGGUACAAGGGCCUCCCCGCAACCGUAAACGCUGUAUAUGGACGGCUUUCAGGAUCCAACUCCACCUGCCAGAAUGCGAAUUUCAAGUCGACGCUUGAAAUAUAGUAGGUCUGCUCGAUUCUGGACAGGAUUCCCUCGAUGCAUGGCAGUGGAUAAGCAUCCUUCACGGUUCCACUCCUCGAUUACAGACUCUUUACCGGCUUUGCCAUCCAGCCACGGAUUUGUUGCGUCCCACAAUUCCUCCACGUUCGCCUUCGGAUUCGUUGUUGGUAUCUCUCCGAGGAUAGCCGGUGCCAACGCGAAUUUCCUCCAGAAAUCGAUCCCAAGGUAUAGCUCUUGCUCCAGGUACGGGCAUACGUAAAAGUCCUCACGAUCGACGUGUACUUGUCCAUGCGGACCCUGAGCUCCUCCAGCAUUUCACGGCUGCCUUUUCCCAGGACGUUAAUGGACGCGCCUGUGUCCAGCAAACCGGAAAUGGGCUUGCCAUGUAUCCGGACCUCGGCAAACACCCUGGGAUCACCUC